CUGUAAAAUCGAAUGAAGAGUUCCUAAGAAGGAGGCGCAUUUGUGUUAUUGACAAAAAUCAGAAUGGAUCGUCUUGAGUGGAGUGACACAAAUCUUGUUCCUGGAGAGGAACAAGUAAAUUUACAACCAGGAAUUGCAGUAUAUGACGGACAAGAUAAGACCUGCUUUGAAAAUGGAGUACUAACACUUACCACUCACAGAGUGAUAUGGAAAGAUAAUAGAGACAGGACAAGAGUUUUAGCCUUGCAACAUAGUUUAGUUGUAUAUAUUGAAGAGCAGCCAUCAGGGUUUGCCAAAAGUGCAAAGAUUGCAGUACACGUGUCAGCCCCUGGACCCAAUAAGAAGCCUGGGCCAGUGACCCAGAGUCGCUAUGACUACAUCCGAUUUUCCUUCAGAGAAGCAGGGGAAGGACAGUUUUUCAGAGAUUAUAACGAACAACUACAACAGAAAAAAUGGGAGCACGUUAUACCUCAAAGGAAACCAGGUGCAUCUCGACACAGAGCUGGUAUUAUGGGCAUUGAACGUACCAUUCAACAAACACACGCUAACACAGACAAAAACAUUUCUCAAGCGUUUCAAGAUCUAACAAAACUGAUGGAAAAGGCCAAAGAAAUGGUAGCAAUUUCCAAAUCUAUAGCAACGAAGAUCAAAGAUAAGCAAGGAGAUGUUACAGAUGAUGAGACAAUAAAAUUCAAGUCCUACUUGCUGAGUAUGGGUAUUCCUAACCCGGUCACCAGGGACACGCAUGGGUCAGGAGACAAGUACUACACAGAGCUGGCCCGGCAGCUGUCCAAUGUCCUAGAAAAACCCCUCAAGGAAUGUGGAGGUAUAAUGACACUAACUGAUGUGUACUGUCGAGUUAACAGGGCAAGGGGAAUGGAGUUAUUAUCUCCAGAGGAUUUACUGAAUGCAUGUGAAAUGUUUGAACUUCUACGACUCCCUGUCAGACUGAAGACAUUUGACAGUGGUGUGAUGGUGUUACAGCUACAGAGUCACGAUGAAGACCAAGUCAUCCACCUCACCACUCAACUGGUGGAAGACAAGGGUUCCAUAACUGCUGAAGACUUGUCCAAAGAAGUGGGCGUGUCUGUAAUUUUGGCAAAAGAAAGGUUACUUCUGACAGAGAAGGUCGGAGGGAUCUGCAGAGACGAGUGUGUGGAAGGACUGAGAUUUUAUCCCAAUCUGUUCUUGACCAAUGUCACCUGAAUAACAAAAACAAUUUUGUUUAUUAGUUUGUUACCAUUGAUUUUAUUUGUAAAAUAUUUAAUGCGCCUGUAUAUAUAUAUAUAUACAAUUUAAAAAAACAACAAGUACAAUUAUUAAAAAUUUAUAGUGCUU